CUUAUUGUGGAUGGCGAUUGUGUGAUGCUAGCUGAAGGCAGUGGCUGCGUGCCAAUUAGUGACGUGAAAAAAGCUGUUGAAUUCACAAAACAUGCUCUAAUCCAGUUUGAUAUUCUUGAUAAGCUUUUUACCUUAUUAAAAAUCUCAGCUGAGCAAUGGCGUAAUCGAAUCAAAACAGAUUCCGAAUUACAGAAUCUCAGCGGGAAAAAGCGUCUCCAGAAAGACUUCCCUACAAAAGAAAUACGCAAAGAACAGCCAAAUACGUUAGAUAUUGGAAAAGGCUUAGAUAGAUUCUAUUCAAAUCUUUCUUGCAUUUCAUCGCUGGGUAAAACGUUCGAGAUUAACUGCAGCGAGUUUGAAGAUGCCAUAUCAUCUUACCCAAAAUUGGUCGUUCCCAUUCGAGCAGCAGUACGUGGACGUAAACGACGUAGCAAACGUAAUUCUUCGCGACAGUUUUGUAAUUCUUCUGUACAAGUAACAGACUUACACUCAGAUAAUUUUGUGCAAAAAGUUGAUGAUAAAGUGAGCGAUGAAGUGGGAAUUUCUAGUAGCGCUAAGAAAGGUCUUCAAAGCAAAUUAGAUUACUCAACUGUAAAGUUAAAAAAACCAGAAGUAAAGUCAGUAUAUCCUGAAUUAAUGCUCCUUCGACUCAAAGGAGAGAAAUACGUUGACGUACGUUUGGUUGCACCAAGGUAUACAUCAGUUCAUGCUUUUGCUGUAUUCAUUUUGCUAACGCCGAAUAGACUGUUUUUAUUUCAUGGCAAAUAUGCAAAUUUACUUGAGAAAAGCAAAGCAUUAAUAAUCACGACAAGUAUAUGUGAGAAGAAUGGUGAAUUGGGCUGUAAGGUGAAACAUUGUGAAAAUGUUCAUGAAGGCAAAGGAGUACGCGAAUUCUGGCAUUUGCUUGGUUUGAAUGAGAUAGAAAUCGACGGUAAUAUACGUGGAGAAUACGUACCUGAUAAUCUUUUAACUUUAAGUGAACCAUUUGAAUCACUUGCUGCGCAAGUAAACACGAUUUAUGAAGUUAAUGAACAGCAUAUCAUGAAACAAAUUUCUACUGCUGAAGUUCCCAAACUUUCUUUCUUGCACCCUAAUAAGAAUCUGAUUUUUGAUUUUGGAUCUGAGAUAUAUGUUUGGGUUGGUCGCAAUGCCAAUCGCCAACAAACGCAACAAGCAGUUAUCUAUGCAGAAAAAUUACGCAGAAAAGGAUUGAGAAUUCAAGCUGGAAUGGAUUAUCAAGUGAUAUUUGGAGAUAGUUUCGAGAUUGGUAGACCAGAUUGGUGUAUUGUUGUGAAGCUGAUUCAGGGCUUACAUGAUUCUCUUUUUCAACAUAAAUUUUAUAAUUGGCAAGUUGUUCCAUGGCACAAUAUUAAUUGUACUACAAAAUGUAAGCAAAAAAUCACAUCUUCUCCAAUAUCAUUGCAAAGUGAAGAAGAAGAAGCACACAACUUAGGAAGAAAUCUUGCAUGUCAAGUAGUAGAGGAGCCCGUAUUAAUUUUCGAAGAAACAAUGCUGUCUAGAAAUUGCAGCAACAUUUUCACAGAAAAUAUUCGGUAUUUUAUUAUGGAAGGUGAAAAAAAGUUACGUGAAAUGAAUGAUUUGUGGAUACUAGAAAAUAAUCGGUGUUAUGUAGUCAAGUGGGAAUAUCGAAUAGAACGUGGUGGCGUGCGUAAAUUAGAUGGAAGUGAACGUGAAAAAGAAACAGGUCGUCCACGUGUAGCAUACUUUUAUUGGCUUGGCAAGAAAAGUAGCAAAACUGAACAAGGCCUCUGUGCAUUAGCACUGAGAGAUUAUGAUAAGGAGCAUUUUCCUCAUGAAAGAAUUUUACAGCAUUAUGAACCACCACUAUUCUUGCGGUUAUUCAAAGGUGUAAUGGUCAUUCGAGGUGAAGGAUCAGGUAUUUUUCUAGUUUACAGUUCGUCAUCACAUCCAGAAGAGUCAUUCAUAGAAGAAUUAAGUUCACCCGUUAUUUAUCGCUCACAUGCUGUCUACAUAAUACUUACUGAUGACAGAAUCACAAUUCUGAAAGGUUUAAACAGUUAUGCUAAUUUAAAAAGUGCUGCUCAAAGAUUUGCCGAGAAUAUUAAAUUACAUUUUAAAUUAUUUCUACAAUUUACUUCUGAACCAACAAUUAUUCAUUGCGAUUUAUCGAAAGAUGGAAAUUAUUCAGUCAUUGAAGCAGAUAAUUGGGAAAAGCCACCGAGAUUAUUCCGAUUAUAUGAAAAAUAUGCUGAAGAAUUAAUUUGUGCCAACUGGGAUCCAUUACUUCCAUUUUCAUUUCGACAAGAAAGCUUCAGGGAUAAUAUAAUGGUAGAUCAAGGGAACCGGUUAUGGCUUUGGAGUAAUAAAAUGAUUACUACGUUUGUAUUACGCGUGGCUGACGCUUACUGGUCAUCUCAUAAGGGAGUGAAAACUGUUAUUUACAAAAAACAAGAACCAGACGCAUUUAAAGCACUCUUUGCUGAGUGGAAUGAUUACAACGAUGAUAACGAUGAAAACGUAAUUAUGAUAAAUUAUUUACGUUUGUCAUUAUUUGUACGUGCAAGAGAAAUUUCUCAAGUACUGAAAGGAAUCCAUUAUGAACCGACUGAUUUGGAUAAAUUAUUGCAAUUGCGAACGAAAACGUGGCCCCUUGAACAAGUGAUCAAUAGAGAUUUACCAGCUGGUACUGAUACAAAUCGAUUAGAGCAGUACUUGACUGAGGACGAUUUUCAAUCAGUGUUCAGAAUGGAACGUCACGCAUUUUACGCUCUCCCAUUAUGGAAACAAAUUGAAUUACGCAAAAAAAACAAAUUAUUUUAA